UUUGCAAUUAGCACCGACGCCAUCGUCGUGCAACAUAGGUAUUUACUAGUUUACCAUAUUUUUUUUGGGUUGCGAGUAGACCGACGUCCUCGUCGUGCAACCUGGGUACUAGUUUACCAACAUUUUUUUUGGGUUGCGAUUAGUACUGACGUCCUCGUCGUGCAACCUGGGUACUAG